CAGAGAAGAAGCACGUGUGGGUUGCAACGUCUCAAACAUUCGAGGGACGACCGGACUUGAGAAUUGUCGGAUGUGAUGUUAUGAGAUUCGGACAUACAAGCAGCUGUUUUGUCGUAAAUCAUUUCAUGGCAGGAUAUCAAGGUAGUACUUCAAGCCCAGAUACCGUCAGACAGGCCGCAGCAACUGAGCGAUUGAAGAAAGUGGCCGAUAGUUUUCGACGUCCUCAAUCUUCUUCUUCUGCGGUCUCAUCAGAAACCACCACCACCAUGUCACGCCCCUUGCUCCUCAAGGGAGGCACUGUGAUUGUACACGAUGCACAAGACAAAGCAAAAGGCAUCAAGGCAGAUUUGUUGGUCCGAGGCAAUAAGAUUGCAGAAAUCUCGCCAAACAUCAAAGCACCCAGCGAAGCAGAAGUCGUCGAUUGUCAGGACAAAAUCAUCGCUCCAGGCUUCAUCGAUACUCACAGACACAUGUGGAACACGGCACUUCGAGGUCGUCACGGAGACAAUCUUUUACAAGACUAUAUCGUUCAAGGUAUUCUUCAGAGUUCCAAUUACGAACCCGACGACAUCUUUUGGGGUCAAUUGGCAAGUUGUCUGGAGUGUAUGAAUGCCGGCACGACGACGGUGGUGGAUCAUUCUCACUUGAACUAUUCAGAGGAAGCACCCAAAGCAGCCAUCGCAGCAACAGCCGCAUCUGGUCUGAGGUCUGUGUACGGAUACUGUUUCAACAUCCGGGUCGAUUCCUGGGCUCCAUUCACCUUCAACCCGAGCUUCAUUGCGCCAUGGGCCCUCGACACACUGGAGAAACUAUCACAACAAGCACCCUUUGGGGACGGCCGGGUGACUCUGGGCGUGGCGUUCGACGGGUGGUUCCUCCCCAAGGAACUUUUGGCUCCCAUGUUUGAAAAGAUCAAGGCCAUGGGAAUCAAGCAUCUGACGACGCACAUGACGCCGGGUCGUCCGGGGAUGCCGUCAAACGUCGAGGUCAUGGACUCAUACGGAGUCCUGACACCACACACUGUUCUUUCUCACGCCAACAUGCUCUCACCCAAGGACAUUGACCUGAUAGGGAAGCGAAACGCCCACAUUUCGUCCACGCCGUCGCUCGAGCUCCAAAUGGCCAUGGGAACUCCGGCGUGCUUCGACUCCGACCGCCAAGCGCUACAGGCGUGUUGCUCUCUCGGAGUCGACUGUCACAACGUCACCUUACCCAGCAUCCCCGCCGAGAUGCGUUGCGCCCUCCAGGCGUCCCGCGGCGUGGAGAACGGCAAGUUCCUGGCUGCCGGUAAGGUGCCUUCCAAGAUCUCCAGGACCGUGCAGGAGGCGUACGCUCUGGGUACGAUUCAGGGAGCAAGGGCGGUCGGGUUCGAGGAUCAAAUCGGCAGUUUGGCAGUCGGGAAAUUGGCCGACAUCAUCGUCUUUGACGCCCUGAGUCCCGGCAUGGUCUGUGGGGCGCAGUACGACCCGGUCACGACCAUCGUGAUGCAUUCGACCCCCGGGGAUAUAGUCAUGACCAUCGUGGACGGCGUCGUGAGAAAGAGGGACGGGAAGCUAGGGGCGGUGGAAGUGACCCCCGAGGCUCGUCCCUAUACGACAAGAGGACAAUUAGGUUGGGUAGAUGUGGUGAAACCGUUGUUGAAAUCUAGAGACAAGAUUCUGGCAAAGAUCGAAAAGACUGAUUUGGACACGGCGAAACAGAUUGCCAUGAAGUUGUUUGGUUAUGAUGAGUCGAGGGUUGUCGAUUCUUUAUAG